AUGACGAUUACCACUCGAAAUGGUAAGACAUUAUCUGGCCCUUCUAUCAGCAAAGCUGUGGAGAAUGAGAAAAAGCCUGAUCCUGGAGCAUUUACGAUACCGUGCACAGUUGGGUCCAUGAAGUUUACCAAAGCUUUAUAUGACUUAGGAGAAAGUAUUAAUCUGAUGCCACUUGAUAUCUACAAUAAGCUUAGAUUGGGGGAACCUACCCCCACAACAAUGCGUCUUGUGAUAGUAGACAGAUCGGUGAAGCGACCAGUUGGUAUAUUGCAUGUUGUGCCGGUAAAAGUGGAUGACUUUAUUCUACCUGCAGAUUUUGUGAUAUUGGAUUGUGAUGUUUAUUUUGAGGUACCUAUCAUUUUGGGUAGACCACUAUUAUCCAUGGGAAGAGUAUUGGUUGAUAUGGAGCUCAAUGAGAUAAAGUUCAGGUAUGGAAAAAGGGAGGCCAGAUUCAAAAUGCAUCCUCCUAUGAAGCAGUUGGAGGAGAUAAAUAUCUUCUCAGUUGUGGAUGUAUUCCAGGAAAAUGGUAAUGAGGUAUCGAUACGGUAG